UUUCUAUAUAACUAUUAACUAAUUUUGUAUUCAGGACUUCUGGAUUUUGUGUAUGUGGUGAAAAUAAUUACACAUUGUUAUUGAUUUCUGUGUUAAAUAAACAACAAAUAUAACUAUUAAGCGACCAUGAUAUGAGCACUAAUUCACCAAAUAAUCAAGAAGAGUAGUUUUAAUCAUUUGACUAAAAAACAAACGUGACGAGGCCAAUCAUGGCUGAAACUUUGGACCCGUUGUCACCGAGCCUGAACAGUGCAGGACGAGGUGAUUCAGGCAUUGUGCAGAAGUUGAGGAUGAGGAUCGGCAGAGGAGGACCAGUUAACAGGCCUGUUGGAGAAGGAUAUGUGGAGUUCGGAGAGUUCAGGACAGAAAGGCCUGGUAUCAAGAAAGUGGGUACAUUUGCCGGAGUCUUCUGUCCUGUCGUGCUGUCCAUGUUCAGUGCUCUAGUCUUCAUUCGAAUGGGUUACCUAGUAGGCAAUGCGGGUCUGUUGGUGACACUAGGCCAGUUUGGUCUAGCCUACCUGAUCGUGAUAUUCACGGUGACGUCCAUCUGUGCCAUCUCUACUAACGGGGCCGUUGAAGGAGGGGGCGUGUAUUUCAUGAUAAGCAGGACCCUAGGUCCUGAGUUCGGAGGAGCAGUGGGCACGCUGUUCUUCUUCGCCAACGUGGUGUCCAGCGCGCUUUGUAUCUCAGCCUGUACUGAAGCUCUUGUAGAGAAUUUUGGAGAAAAUGGUUACCUAGUAGGAUCCCACACAGGUAUUCCAGACGGCUGGUGGUACCGCUUCCUGUACCGUUCGGGGCUAAAUGCUAUCGGCCUAGGCGUUUCCCUGGCCGGCGCGUCACUCUUCGCCAGAACCAGCCUCGCUAUAUGGAUGACCAUGCUUAUCUGUCUCGGAAGUGCUUUUAUCAGCUUCUUUGUUACUCCUCUUGCGUUGAUUGACAAACCGGACACGAACCACAUCGUGAACACUACAGCAUUUUACUACACUGGCUUAAAUUCCACCACGUUGUAUGAUAACCUAUACCCUCAGUAUGGAAGGGAUUACACCACCACUGACGGUCAGAUGGUGGACUUCGCGUCCGUCUUCGGGGUCCUGUUUACUGGGGUCACUGGGGUCAUGGCCGGGGCUAAUAUGAGUGGUGAACUGAAGAACCCGUCUCGCAGCAUCCCCUUCGGCACUCUAGCGGCUCUCCUCUUCACAUUCGUGUCGUACAUCGCUUUGAGUCUACUGACGGCGGCGACGUGUACUAGAGACUUGUUGAUCAAUAACUACGUGUAUUUGCUGCCUAUUAAUAUAUGGCCGCCUUUUAUUGCUGUUGGUAUGCUGAUGGCCACAUUUUCAGCUGGUCUGUCAAACUUGAUCGGUGCUUCGCGAGUGUUAGAAGCGCUAGCGAAAGAUAACAUAUACGGUUUCCUCCUCCGUCCGAUGGUCUCCCGGUCCGGCAACCCAGUCCUCGCUGUGAUCACAUCCUGGCUUCUAGUCCAGGUGGGCAUCAUGGCAGACUCUCUCAACGCCAUCGCUCAGGUCAACUCCGUACUCUUCAUGACCAGCUAUUUCGCCAUUAAUCUGGCCUGUUUGGGCUUAGAUCUCGCUUCUGCACCGAAUUUUAGGCCGACAUUCAAGCAGUUCUCCUGGCACACGUCCCUGCUCGGGCUGCUGGGCUGUGCAGGCAUGAUGUUCGGUCUCCGCGCGGUGUACGCGUGCGGGGCAGCGCUGGCGUGCGGCUCGCUGGUGGUGGCGCUGCACCUGCUGUCGCCGGCCGCGGCCGACCCUACGUGGGGCUCGCUCAGUCAGGCAUUGAUAUUUCAUCAGGUCCGCAAAUACCUGCUGCUGCUAGACCCUCGGCGCGAGCACGUGAAGUUCUGGCGUCCUCAGAUGCUGCUACUCAUCGCCUCACCGCGUCAGUCCGCACCACUCAUAGACUUCGUCAAUGAUCAGAAGAAGGGCGGUCUGUUCGUGGUGGGACACGUGCGGGUGGGGGAGCUGGACGGCGCGGGAGACCCGCUCGCCGCCGAGCACAAGUACUGGCUCAAGCUCAUCGACCAUCUCAAGGUGAAAGCCUUCGUCGAGCUAAGCCUGUCAUCAUCAGUACGCAGCGGCGCUGCGCAGCUGGCGCGGCUGGCGGGGCUGGGCGCCAUGAAGCCCGACACCGUACUCCUCGGCUUCAGAGACACAGCGCCACCCACCGACUGGUUCCAAGACCCCUCCUCCCCGUACAAAACGGACAUUUUCGACCUAGAAUCCGGCGAAACAGUGUUCCCGUGCCGUAAGCCGACGGACGUCCGUCUGUCGGGCACGGAGUACGUGCGCAUCGUGUCGGACGUGCUGUCCGUCAAUAAGAACGUCUGUCUGUGUCGGCACUUCCAUAAGUUAGAUAUGGGCAAUGUUGAGCGCAAAUCAGCCACCCUUCAAUACAUAGACGUCUGGCUAGUCGAAGUCCUCUCCCCGUCCUGCGAGGAGGCGUUCACAGUGCGAGGCUUGUUCGCGCUGCAGCUAGCAGCAGUGGUGCGCAGUGCGAGAGGCUGGCAGCACCUGCGACUGCGCCUGCAUGCCGUGCACGUGCCCGCGCAGCCGCCUACUACUAUACAUGAAGCGGGCCGCACAGUGACGGUAGGCGAGCACUCGGCGCUGGAGUCGCUGGGCGCCGGCCGACCGCUCCACGAGAGGCUCGACAAGCUGCUCAAGCUGCUCAGAAUUAACGCCACUAUACAUAUUGUGACAGAAUGGCCUAAAUUAGAUGAAUACAGCAGAUUUUCUAACGACAACGACAACAGCAUGUACCAACGAGUGCCCGUCGCUUAUUUACAAAUCGUGAACAAUAUAAUAAAGCAGCGCAGUUCUCAAGCGACGGCGGUGACGUUCGUGCAGCUGCCCGCGCCGCCCAAACUCACCAACACCAACGCUGAUGAUUCCGUCUGUGAACAUUAUUUGAAGGUGCUAGACGAAUUCACGAAAGAUCUUCCACCCACCAUUUUAGUAAGGGGUUUGAAAUCGGUCACAUCAACCGCGCUAUAACUCAACAGUACCUGUGACGUAUUUAGCAGAUCUCUGUAGUUGUCGCCAAACUUUAUGGGGUCUCGCAACUAACUUCAGAACACAGGACACAAAGCGCGAAAAUGGUCAUAAUGCUCCUACAUUAAGAGCUUAUUUCACUUUGCUUAAUUCAGUCGUGAAAAUGAUGCAGUUACUAAAUUCAGACAAAUGUAAUCGCAUUUAGGAAGGUAGGUUUCAUUAAAUAACUUAGAAAUCUAAUUAGGCUACUUUUAGUAAAGUCUAAUAAGCUCUUUAUGACCAUUUACGUGCUUCACCGUCCGUGAACCUUUGGUUUGUAGGUAUCACCUAAUAAAGAUUUUUGUGUAAACGUCAUUAAGUUUGGAGCGACUUUUACCUGAAUUAUGAUCUAGACAAUUGGACCAAUUUGUAGACGUACUCAAUUUUUUCUAGGUAAUUUUAUGUAACCGUGCUCACACAUCUAUGCUUGAUUUUUUUUUAUUUUUACAUUGUCAUUACUUUGCCCAUAUGGUCAAAAUAGUAGGAUUAUACGAGUGAUUUUAUCUAAAAAUUUAUUCGAAUGAGUUACCAAGUAAAAGGCUUUUUUAUCAGCGACAACAUAAACGCCCACUUUUCUUAAAACUACCCUUUACUUUUAAACAGUUGUUGGAAGAAAACUGAUUUUUUUGAUUUUCCAGUUUGUUUUUACUGCGAGAUAAUAUUCUAACUUUCUUUUUUCAUUGAAAGUAAUGUAGUUGUGUGUGCACCUGACACUGUUAGGUAUGUAUUUUAUUAUACUAAUGCUUAAUAUUUUUAGUAGCAAUCAUUUUUUGUAUAAAAAUUCAUGCUGUUUAAACUAUCAUAAAAUGAUAAUAUACAGUGGGUGUUCAAAAUAUUAAUCAAGACUCAAGAGCAUGUUUUCUAAAUCUCCAUUUUGAUUUAUGGCACUUAAAUAAUAUGCAAAAUUAGAAAGUUUUUUUUUUUUUUACUUUGCCGUAACAUAUAAUAAGUUUUAAUGCAAUAUGGGAAAAUAUUAUACAGCAGACUGUCAACAAAAUGUUUCACAACCAUUCAUGAUAAUUUGAACACCGACAGUAUUUAUCAUAAAACUCCAUUAAUGGUGCUAUUUUCUAUUACUAAAACUAGUAUGCUGAAAUUUCUCAUCUUAUUUUCAUCUUCACCAAUUUGUAAGAAAAAAAUCAUAUGUAGGUAAAUAUAUUAUCAUUAGGUAUUACACAAUCACAUUGACUUCAUAAAUAGAUAGACUUUAGAUAGAUCAAUUAGAAAAAAGCCUUAAGUUCUUACACAUAAGGUAUAUAUCAUUCGCUUAUUCUUGUUUGCAUUAUCUAUCUCGAAUUUGCUAUUAUUUGUAUAUUUUUGAAAACUAAUAUUCACUGUUCAUUUUUACCCGAACUGGUAGCUGGGUUGAGGAGGUCAGAUAGGCAGUCGCUCCUUCUAAAGCACUGGUACUAAGCUGUAAGACGGUUAGACUGGAAGCCGACCCCAAUUGGGAAACGGCUCGGAGUAUGAUGGGUUAUUUUCAUUCAUUAAAAUUGGGAAUUAAUCACUUUUAUAUUUUUCUUGUAAUGUCGUUAUUAUUAUUAAUUUAACCAAGAAAUGUCCAUUAAUUGGUUCUCGGUAUUAAUUUAAACUAUGUGACAUUUUUCGGUUGAAAUUCAGACUUGUAUUAAAAAUCUUUGACAAUUCCUAAAUUGACUUUUAUUUAGUUUACUUUUACUUUUGUAUACCAAUAUGUUUAGUAUUUGAUAUUAUUAUGACUAGUUUUUAAGUUUUUGUAAUAAAUAUGACAUUUACUAUUUACUCCAUGUUUAUCUGUAAUA